AUGGAGGGCGAUCUGCGUUGGUGCUGUGGUAGCAGCAGCAACGACUGGGACCUACACGCCGUGGUGCGCUUCGCCAGCUGCAGUGGUGGCAGCCGCGUCACCUCGCCGCGGGCCUCGGACGAAUCGUUCUCCUGCCUGCCCCUGCCGCCGCAGUCACAGAAGGACGAGCUGACGGACGCCGCAGCGUUGCAGCAGCCCCUGAUCGGCCCUACCGUCGACGACUUCUGCCUGCAGCAGGCCUUCUUCGCCGCGCCGCAACCAAGAAACGAAGCGCCGCCCCAGCAGCCGCCGGCCAAACCACGAACUUCCUACCACAAUAACGGCGUUGGCGGACCCACACGAUCGAAGAGAAAGAAGAAGAGCCAGGUGAGCAACAAGGAGGUGAAGCGGGUGCCCGUGGGCGCGUCUCCGGACCCCUGGGCGUGGCGCAAGUACGGGCAGAAGCCGAUCAAGGGGUCGCCGUACCCGCGCGGCUACUACCGAUGCAGCACCGACAAGGACUGCAGGGCGCGGAAGCAGGUGGAGCGCUGCCGCACCGACCCCUCCACCCUCAUCGUCAGCUACACCGGCGAGCACAGCCACCCAGUCCCACUCCAUCGCAACGCCCUCGCUGGCACCACGCGCAACAAGCCGCAGCCAGCACCGUCCACCUCCCCAGCCGAGCAGCCUCCAUCUGCGUCGCCGAUCGACACUACUACUACUACGCUGCUUUGUCCGUCCGUGGGAGUGGAGUACAAGGAGGAGGAGGAGGUCAACACUGUUGCCGGCAGUCUGCUGCUCGAGGAUCCGGAGAUGGAGGGAGAGGAAGACGUGCUGUUAUUCCUCAAGCCUGCUCCGGAUGCGGACAAUGGCACUGGCAGAGGCUCGGAGAAAGUCAUGCCACUCUCGAAGCUCCACGAGCUUCCACUUCCAGCAAUGACGAGCAGCAGCAGAACGGGCGAUGGAUCAGGGGCGGCUCCAGCGGCCAUGAACGUCACCGACGAGAAGUGGGAGGCUGCAGCGGUGGUGGCGGCGACGAACUGGGACUGA